GAUAUUUUUAUCAUGCUCGUAAAGACUUAAACAUGACAUUAAAUUUGGUAUUUCAUUAUUUUUACUGUGCAUUACAUUACAUGAAUCUUGAAAUGUAAACAUUUUAAAUAUGGAAAUGAGGCACUUUUUAGGGAGGCACCCCAUUGUUAUUCAGAGCCAAACUGACAGAAGUUUAUAAACCUCAAGAAAGGAAAUUUGCUCACACACAGUGCAAUGGCGAUUGUAGCAAAGCUGAUUUUCAUUCUCUGCAGUUUGGCCUCAAUAACAGUGUCCAAUCAUGAGUUUAAGGAGGUUGGCAGUUCUGUUCAGCUGCACAUAAAAGGCUAUAUAAAACCAUUCAAAACCCUGAAAUGGAUGCAUGGAAGAUAUUUUGUAUUGACAUAUGAUCAAAAAUUGAAUAAGGUAGAACCAGGCCGUGCUUAUAACGGUAGGGUGAAGCUUGAUAAGGACACCUACAGUCUGACGAUGAAAAGCCUACAGAAGAAUGACAGUGGACUCUAUAUAGCAAAAUCAAUUGAUGAAGAAGGGGAAAACUCUAUUGUUCAGUACAAACUCUCUGUAUUAGAUCCAGUGGAGAGUCCAAUCCUUACUCCUGUCCCUCACCAGCUAAGCAGUGACCCCUGCAAUGUGACUCUCACUUGUAGUGGUCACAACCUCACAAUCCGCUCUAACUGCUCUAAUGAUGUCUGUGAGGAGAAGAAAAUAGAAUCACCAGGAGGCAUCAUCCUAUCCAUGUAUGUCAGUGGAAGCACUAUAACCUGUAACCACAGCAACCCAGUCAGCUGGAAAAAAAGUGCAAUUAAAGAGAUUAAAGAAAUCUGUUUUUCUAUAGGACCUACCAACCAACUGCUCUAUAUUGUAAUAGCACUGAGCUGUGUGGCACUUAUCCUCCUUCUGACUGUUAUUGGUUGUCAUACAACUUAGGAGGAAGAAAACAGGUAUCACCUUCAGUUUUUUCCAGUACACAAUUUCAUGGAGAAAGAAACCCAUUCUGCAUAAUGAAGCAAAUAAUGCAAGAUUGAUUGCUUGAAGAGAUGAUUUGGUUAAAUAAUAUUAGACACAGACUUUUAAAUACCAUUUCUGUAUUUACAGGAGUGUAUUUACAAGAGUAAAUUUCAAAUACUGACUAAUUUACUAAUAAAUAAUGUUUAUUAUAUUGAGAAAUCACAUUUAGUAUUAUAAGUCUCUUAAAAUAGUGAAAUUUGUUUCUCU